GAGCUCCAUCCGGCCGCGGUGCUCUAGUCAGCACGCCUCUUCUGCAACCCACGUCAUUGCACGCCCAAUUCGUUCCAUAGUUCUGUGAGACAUGGCUGAUAAAGGCGGCGAUGUGUUCGACAAGGUUUUUGGCGCCAUUCCGGAUGAGAGCCAGCAGGGCCACAGCGCUGCGUCUCAUUUCGGAUCAGCUCCAGAUGGAUCUGGCUCUCGAUCGAGAGACGUAACAGCAGACGAAGAAUUUAGAGACUUUCACUCAGCGCCCACUCAAUCAGUACCUUCAAGAAGCGAGCAUGGCAAGUGGUCAGACACCCAUUGCACCAGCUCUCCGCGCCACAAUGGCUCGCGACGAUCACAGAGUGCCGAAUCUGUGGUGGAGUCGGGCCGCCACUCUCAAAAGCGUGAGAGGCGCCAAGACCCUCUGAAUCAAGAUAAGUCGUGCCAAUCAAAAUCAACAUUCGAUAGCUCCUAUGACCAGCAAGAAAGGCGAGAUCGAAGGAGAAGGCGGCGCGAGAGACGAGAGCGUAAGGAAGCUCGAUAUGAGCAAAAGAAGGAAAAGAGACGGAAUCGGCGACGUUCGGAUCGAUCUCAUGGUCGCUCACCAUCCAUUUCGCCGCCAGAGGAUGACGUGGCUGUCCCAACCAGGUCAAGUAGAAGGUUCUCCCACUUGCCAAGUACGGCGCGGUACGGCCUAGACCCGAAUGACCUUUUCGCAGCCGAGCGUGCCGAAAAGGCAGAGAAGGAGAAAAAGGCGUGGGCGAGCAAGCUGAGCUCCCUCUUGCAUGAUGAUCUUGCAGGAGGUUGGGACGAUUUUGGGAGCGCUUCGAGGGGAGGGAUGGGCGGAUCAAAUUGGUCCGAGGAUGCCGCUUGGGAAGAAGAAAUUAGGCGAAUGAGAGGCGAAGAGGAGAGCGCAAAGAGUGGACCGAUGGAGGAUGACGACGUUCACAUUCCUAAACGAUGGAGAGAUGCUGCCAAAGGUCAGCAGCAGGUUCGCACGGAUCUGAUGGACGACGAGGAGUAUGCAGAGUACAUCAGAGGUGAGCUGAGCUGAUAUCAGGU